AUGGAUGUGGUGUGGAAGGAAGUAUUCUCGCCCGACAACACAGUCGACUUGAGUGCAUCCCGGGUGCCAUCGAUCAUUGUAUGUAACACGGUGCUCCUGGUCAUCGCGACCGGUGGGCUGCUGGUACGCCUGUUCGUGCGGAUCCGAUACCUCGCAGGGAUCAAUCUCGAUGAUCUGCUAUGCGUGAUAAGCUGGGUCUUUACCUUUGUCCUGUGCUUUGUGUGCCUCUGGAUGACCCGAUAUGGCUAUGGAAAGCACAUUCAAACGGUGGUUGAGGAGGGGGACUUGGAGAUGUUCCUCAAGCUGGAUUUCGUCACCGAAAUCGCCUACCUCUUGGCCCUUGGCACCAUUAAAGCCUCCUUCUGCCUCCUAUACCUGCAGAUUUUCCCGGGAAAAAGGUUCCGCAUCACUUGCUGGAGCCUAUUGGCUCUGCUUGUGGGCGAAACCAUCGAAGAGACCUUCGUCGUGAUUUUCCAAUGCUCACCCAUCCACAAAGCCUGGGACGCCGGUGGCACUGUGAAGGGAAAAUGUCUAUCUCUCACGGCUUUUUACUACAUAUCUUUUGGGAUCCGCCUGGCCACCGACCUGGCGCUCUUUGCCCUCCCCCUUCCGAAAUUGGUGCAGUUGAACAUGACGAUGGGUAAACGAGCUGGGCUGGUGGUCAUGUUUGGUCUGGGAGUCUUGGUCUCCGUGACUAGCAUCAUCCGCGCGACCUACAUAAACAACUUCUCCGAGGACCACACUUGGAUGCUUGUGGAUACGCUCAACUGGUCUAGUGUCGAAGUCGCCGUCGCCAUCUUCAUUGCUUGCAUCCCCUCUUUCAAGUCGCUUAUCACCUUCCGCUUCCCCGGGCUGCAACGGCUACUUGGAUUUUCCAGCAAGGGCGAUUCGACCGGUCGGUCGAGAAUGUACGGCACUUCGACUCGUCGGACCAACCAUGGGCGCUCCACCAUGGGGCAUCAUAGCAUCAAGCUAAAUACGGUGAAUACUGUGACGGCUCAGAGUCGGGUGGAUGUGGAGGCCAGUCGCAACGGCUCGGAGGAGCGCAUCAUUCCCACUGACACUGGUAUCCACAUCACCACCGACGUGAGUGUCAAUGAGAGUGACUGA